AUGGGCCCCUGUACCGCCUCCUCAUGCUUCUGCCAGGCCCGUAAUCUGCCAUGGGCCCCCGUAACGCGACUCCUCAUGCUGCUGCCAGGCCCGUAAUCUGUCAUGGGCCCCUGUACCGCCAUCCUCAUGCUGCUGCCAGGUCCAGAGUGUGUCAUGGGUCCCUGUACGGCCUCCCAUUGCUGCUGUCUCCAUCGCCACACUCUGCCAUGUGCCACUUUCAGGUCUCCUCACACUGCUGGUGGGUUCCAUUUUGUCAUAGGGUGCUGUAUGGCCUCCCAUUUGCUGCUGCCUCCACCGCCACACUGUGGCUCCACACUCUGGUUUUGGCCCCGUGACUGCCCCAAAUGAGUGAAGUGUGCGGUGAUUCUAAGAUCGACGGCACUCAUCUGCAUGUCAUACUGACUGACAGUAUUAUUUUUUAUUUAUUUUUUUCUCUUCCCCCAGCAGACUCCAAAGGGCAUUUAAAUUAAAGGUACAGUGUUCUGCACUAAUAUAA